AUGACCGAGUUUGAUAUCAAAAGAGUUCGCGCGCUCUUCCCCGCUCUCGAUCAAGAUCAAGUCUUCCUUGACAAUGCUGGUGGAAGUCAAGUAUUGGGAACUGUUAUCGAUUCGGUGACAGACUAUUUCUCCAAGACCAACGUUCAGCUUGGUGCAUCGUACCACAUCGGCCAGAUCUCAAAUACCAAGUAUACCGAGGGCUACAAAGCUGCAGCGCAAUACAUCAAUGCCUCUCCAGAUGAGAUUGUCCUCGGAUCUUCGACCACGCAAAACUUCAUGAACCUCGCCGGCGCACUCAGAUUUUGUGAAGGCGACGAGAUUGUACUCUCCAAAAUGGAGCAUGAAACGAACGUGAAACCAUGGCUGCAUAUGGCCGACCGCCUCAAACUGAACGUCAAGUGGUGGGUUUCGCCGAAGCCUGAACUCAAGCUCACACCAGCGAAUCUUAAGCCUUUGCUAUCUGAGAAGACAAAGUUCGUCGCGUGUACGCAUGUCAGCAACAUCCUCGGUACUAUCCACGAUAUCAGGGCACUUGCGGAUGUCGUCCAUGAGGUUGGCGCUCUUUUUUGUGUAGAUGGGGUCAGCUAUGCGCCGCACAGACAGGUAGAUGUGAAGGCCUUCGGUGCAGAUUUCUAUGCUUUCUCGUGGUAUAAGGUAUAUGGUCCCCACAUUGCGUUGCUUUAUGCGAGCACCUCUGCGCAAGUCCAUGUGAAGCCGCAGAACCAUUACUUCAACCCAACGAAUGGCCUCUCUGACAAGCUGGGUUUUGCCGGGUCAUCCUACGAGGCUGUGCAAGCUUUGCCACACAUUGUAUCUUAUCUUGGAGGCCCCAACCCUGCGCCAGCAUUUGAAGCCAUUGCUGCGCAUGAAGGCGCUCUCCAGAAGAUCCUUCUCGACUUCUUGAACAGUCGAAGUGAUGUGACUGUCCACGGGAGCAGCUCCGUAGAUGAGCGGGUUAGGGUUCCAACCGUGAGUUUUACUGUCAAGGGGAAGAGCAGUAAGCAGAUCGUCGAGGAUGCGGAGAAGAUUAGCAACUAUGGGUUCCGAUUUGGUCACUUUUAUAGCAAGAGAUUAUGCGACGAAGUACUUGGUCUGCCAGAGGAAGGGGUUGCGAGAGUGAGCAUGGUGCAUUACAACACUGAGCAAGAGAUCCGAGGUUUGGUGGAAGUACUGAAGAAAGUACUACCAUGA